AUGUCAAAGAAGCUCCUCAAUCUUCUAUACCAGGCGACCAGCCGCGAGGUGGCGCCGAAAGUACCUAUGGUGAAGGCACACCUCUUUGCCAACGAUGAGGCUCAGCUACCAACUAAGCUGGCUCUUGAUGAUCUCAUGGAGAACCAGUGGAAUCAGAAACCAGCGCUUGAAGCGUUGGAGCACCCGUGGGUCCGCAAGAAUAAACCCUCCAACAUCCUACACAUCCCCUGUCCCAGUUCCUGCCUUACGGAAGAAGAUUUUGUUGACAUAUUCCCCAUUAACCGCGAGCGGCAGUAUCGUGUGCCCCACAACACGAAGAAGGGGCUCGACGUCAAGAUGAUCAAGCUGAGGCACCCGUUGACGCUUAAUUUUGAGAAUCUGUACUAUCUCGUUUUCAAAAACGCUAUUGAAGCGCUGUUGUACGCCCUUGAAACCCAUAACAAAGCUCUCAACGGGUUCAGGCUAAAACCAUCAUUUGUUGAACCCCUGAUUCACGCGGCUAAAUAUUGGGUGCUGCCUUGGUUUCUUGAAAAGCUGCCACUGCCACUUAAGAUCAAAAAUGACAUCUUCCAGUUGCCCACCCCUAAAGUACCCAUCAGCGUCAUCACUCGCAAAGAUGACCACUAUCGCAAUCUCCUCAAUCAACUUGAAACCACCACCCAAAAAGUUGACUCCGACCAAAUCCAUCCUAACUUCGACAUCAUCAAUACCCUUACCCACACUGAUCGCCGUCUGCGACUGGUCAUCGUCCGCAACUGGCCAUUUGGCAUCUUGCCUCUGACCACUAAUCGGCUUUUGUGGGAUUACGACGUCGAACUGAUGUCACCUAUACUAUCAGACAUUACCAAAAACCUCAGUGUCCACCUCAUCACCUUCACCAACCCCACCAUGGCAAAACGGUUCGUUCGCAACUACCAUGGCAAAAAGUGGGAUCCUAUCCAAUGGGGACAUAAAGAGAAGCCGUUGCAUGAACCGAUCCAGGCCGAGAUCGCCAACUAA